AUGACGGUUACGCAAGACGAAUGGGUAGCGUCGGCUUUGACGGACGACGAGAUGGUGGUUGAGCUUCUUCUACGCCUCAAACACGCCGGAACGGUAGAGUCUGAGGAUAAUCCCGCGGCGAAUCUACCUGAGUUACGGUGGGGUAUCCGUCAGCGACGGUCGCGACCGUCGAGAUUAGGCGUCGGCGUCGGCGUCGGCGUCGGAGGUUAUCUGAAGAAGGAAACGGAUUCCGCUAGAGCGAGUCCUAUGACUCCGUUAUGCUGGAGCGGCGGAUCUGGUAGCCGCGGCUCUACUAGUCCCUCCGCCGUAACCGCCGAUGGUUUUGAAGAUACCAGUCGUCAAUCUAGCUGCUCAACAUCAACCAGAUCCGGAUCCAUGGCUGUAUAUGCUACAAAUGAAAUCACCAGCUCUUGCUCCAGGAGGAGAUCAAAGAAACAGAAGAAGACAUUUUUGGAACUUAAAGAUGCAGAGAGCUUUCAGUUGAAGGAAAGAUUUGACCUUGAAAAGAAGAUUGCAAAUGUGCAAGCAACGUACCAUGAACGAAGUGUCAAGAACCAAAAAUUGAAGAGAAUUAAGCUUGAAUACUCAGAUCGAGUCAAGAACAUUCCAAUGAGUAAAUCUAAUCUCAACGAGUCACGGAAAAGGAGACGCUUACCUUUAUCAAUCUCACCGGUCAAAAAAGAAGAAGAACAACACGUGUCAGAAUCGUACAGAGCGAAAAGCCAAACGAAGAGCUCUGAAGAAAAGAGUUUCUUCUUCCUCCCUGAUCUAAACAUGACCCCAACCGAAGAAGACGAUACAUUGUACGGCACGAGCUAA